AUGUUCUUGAGGGCAAGGAACAUGACAACAAGCUCCUCAAAGAGAAGUUUCUUCAGCAUGCUCUCGAGCGUAAGGGACAUGACUAUAAGUCAAACAACUUUAGAGGAACUGGAGGAAUUUAAGAUGAACGAACUACUUAUUCUUACAUCAUCAGUUCCAGAAUGUUUAAGAUCAUCCCUGGAGUACGUUGAGAUAAUUACACCUAUAGGAGGAGUUGUAGCUGAAAUGGAACUAGUGAAGUACUUCCUGGAGAACUCGACGGUUCUCAAGAAGUUUAAAAUGUGUUUGCGUCGUGGUAGAAUGAAGGAAGAGUCUAUCAUCUUGAUGGAACUCUUGAGAUUGAAGAGAUGCUCUCCUUCUUGUGAAGUUGUUGUUGACCUUGAAGAGUUAAAAGAAACUUGUCAAAUUGAGAUUUGGUUAGGACUUUGA